AUGACAAUCAUUGACAAGAUCAACGACAGCAUCGAGCGCCACGAGGUGUUCUACUCGUUCGAGUUCUUCCCACCAAAGACAGCGGCCGGCGUCGACAAUCUCUACGCCCGCAUGGACCGCAUGGCGGCGCUCGAGCCGCUGUUCUGCGACAUGACGUGGGGCGCCGGCGGCUCGAGCGCGCAGCUGACGCUCGAGCUCAGUGCGAACGCGCAGCAGCUCAGCGGCCUCGAGAUGCUCAUGCACCUGACGUGCACCAACAUGGACGAGCGCGACAUGAAGAAGGCGCUGGACGAGGCCAAAGACGCGGGCAUUCGGAACAUUUUAGCGCUGCGGGGCGAUCCCGUGCGGGGCGCCAGCAGCUUCCACGAGUGCGAUCGCGGGUUCUCGCACGGCGUCGACCUCGUGCGCUUCAUCCGUCGCCACUAUGGCGACUACUUUUGCAUUGCUGUUGCAGGUUACCCGGAAGGCCAUGCCGAGAGCCACGCGGACUUGGCAGGUGGUGUGCAGCACCUGAAGGAAAAGGUCGACGCCGGUGCGGAUUUUGUGAUUUCGCAGCUGUUCUACGACGUUGCAGUGUUUCUCGCGUUUGUUGAGCAAUGUCGAGCUGAAGGUAUCACCGUACCGAUCCUGCCGGGGAUCAUGCCAAUUCAGAACUAUGGCGGCUUUGAGCGCAUGACGUCGUUCUGCAAGACUGUUGUACCCGACAGGGUCCGUCAAGCGCUGGAGCCGAUCAAAGACAAUGACGAAGCCGUGAAGGACUAUGGCGUGCAACUGGGCAUUGCCAUGAGUCAGCAGCUCAUUGACGCUGGCGUGCCGGGGCUGCACUUUUACACGCUGAAUCUCGAGCGCUCGGUGCGUCGGAUCUUGGAAGGCUUGUCAUCGCUGUCUCGCCAUGUUUCGCGACGAGAACUGCCCUGGGAGACGUCGAUGCUGUCGAAACGUGCGUCAGAGAGCGUGCGGCCGAUCUACUGGUCCCAUCGACCGAAGAGCUACGUGCAUCGCACGGCCAUGUGGGACGAGUACCCGAAUGGCCGCUGGGGCAACAGUGAAAGUCCUGCGUUCGGGGAGCUCACCGAGUCACACUUUGCACCAACCAAUACGUGGUUGCCCGUUGAACGUCGCUCCAUGUGGGGCGACGCACCAACGACAACAGAAGACAUUCGUCACGUAUUCGUGCAAUACGUGCGUGGCAAGAUCACAAGUCUACCGUGGUGUGAGGCUGCACUGCACGACGAGACGUCGACCGUCGAACAGGAGCUCGUCACUGCCAAUGCCGCUGGAUUCUUGACCAUCAACAGCCGUGUAUACCAGAAGGCGUAUGUGGAGUGUUUUGUGUCGCCCGAGAACAUGAAGACCAUCAUCAACAACGCUGCCAAGAAGCCUUCCGUGCAGUACCACGCCGUGGACGUAAACGGCCAUUCGUACUCGAAUGCCAGCAAGUCGGCUGUGGCUGUGACGUGGGGAGUGUUUCCCAACAAGGAGAUCUUGCAGCCCACGAUCGUCGACAGCAGCAGCUUUUUGGUCUGGAAAGACGAGGCGUUUGCAUUGUGGCUCAAGCUGUGGGCGUCGCUGUACGAGGAGAGCAGCAAGUCGUUCAAGCUGCUGCACGAGAUCCACGACACGUACUUCCUCGUGAGUAUCGUGGACAAUGACUUUCUGAACGGCAACAUCUGGGAGCUGUUCGAGUCGUCCGUCUCCCCAGUCACGUCACCGUAA